AGCCGUAGGUCAGAGCCUGUGACCUCGCGCAGAGACUGGACAAGUGCUGUCUCUCAGCUCGAGCGCUCGCGGAUAGCGCUAUGAAACAUUGACGCGACACUUGGCGGAGUGAGAUCCGCACGUCCCUAGCCCAGUGACAAGAUGACGCGGCAUCGACGAACCACCUGGGCAGUCUCAGCAUUGCCUUCCUUUGUUUCCGAGCCUCACAACUGAACCUUCAACCCCUUUACCACCUCAUACUCUCUUUUCUUUUCCUUACCGUACACAACUUUCAUCAUGUCACCGAACAAGCUGGGUCUUUUCGCAAGCCUGGCGCUGGCCGCCAAUGCCGUGCUCAUCCCGCCUUCGAUGACGGCUGCCGAGCUCGGGGACGAUAACGCUCUGGAAACCCUUGCAAUCAAUCCCUUCAAGCGAGUUGUUGCUGUUGAAUGCCCUGGAUGUGCGGUUGCGACUUUGGAGGGCAAGACUUUGAAUUGGGAGAAAGAUGCGGGCAAUGCAUUCCUUCUUGACUUUGAAGUUGGCCCCCGCGAAGAUUCACUCGAAGUCGCUGGCGUUCAGCUCUACCCACCGACCUUUGCGAUCGCCUCGCAGCCUUUCUACGUCACUCAGAUCAACCCCAAAUCUGAGGAUGGUCUGCGCCUUCGCGUCACUGGAUACACUUUCAACUUCAACACAGCUGAGACUGUGUCCGAGGCAGGAGUCGAGCUGCUUCCCAUGACCUUCCAAAUCACAUCGAUCGAAUCAGCACCCAUGAACCCACCAUCAAUCACAAUCAACCUCCUCAAGGAUCCUAGCGGCCGUCUCAUGAUCGCCUCAUUCGACGCUAAGAAGACCAUCGAAGCUACACUGGCCGAGCAGGAAAAGGAAUGCAAGCAAUGGCCACUUCUCUGCAAGUGGAAGAACAUCAUGGCCGACCGCAUCGACAACCUGAAGCACAUAGGCAAGGGACGACCAGGCUGCCACAAGCGACCCCACGGCAUGCAGCGCCCUCACGGCCAUCACAACCCUAUGGAAGAGGAGACAUUCGAGGGCAAGCCACCCCACAGGUUCCGCCCCGGUGGACACCACCACCCUCCUCACCACAUGGAGCACAACGGUCACCACCAUCACGGCCACCACCACCGCAUGCACAUGUUCCUUCGCCGCGCCUUCUUCACGAUCCUCGUCCCCAUUCUCAUCGGUAUUUUCGCUGGUACACUCACCUACCUUAUCGGUAUGGCUCUUGGCUGCCUCAUCGCCAUUACCGUUGCCAAGUUCCGUGGCCAGAGCUACCAGCCGAUCGCUCUUGAGGAGGAUGUCGAGGAGGCGAUUGUUGAAGAGCGCAGCGAGAAGCAGGAGUAUGGUGAAUUGCCCGCGUACGAGGCUCCGCCAGUGUACCAGGAUGCGCCCGAGAAGGAGGUGGUCGAGGAGACGAAGUAAAUGCGACAGAACAUGUGUUAUAUACCUGAUGUCAAUGUUGGCGACCCUCUAUUGAAAACCUUUGACUGGGCGUUCGAACAAGUUCAAAACUGAAGAUACUCUAUGCUAUAGUCUUAAGUAGGCGUUCUGGUUGAUCAUGCGCAUCAUGAAUUUCAUUUGUAUCC